AUGCUGUUAAAAAUCAGUUUUCUAAUUAUUGUUAUUUUUGGAGAACCUGUAUUCAAACGACAGGGAUUACAGGAAAUUCUAUCCAGCAUAGACAUUGCUGACAAGGCCUUCCUUCGAACUGCUGCUAUUAUUGAGCAGCGUAGUGAAUACGGCCGGCUAGUGCUGUUGUUAUGCCGAAGGAACUGCCCAAGACUACGUUCCUUGAUACCACAAUGGGUUCGCGAUAUUAACGAAGACAAACAAUAUCAUGGAAGUGAAACAAUUGGCUAUCAUUACUAUACCUAUAAAAAGCCUCUUCCUUCUAUAAACGAAUCACGAAUAGAACAAUUCCCUGCUUUGGUGUACUUCAUCGCUCAAACACCUACGUAUUUUACAGGAAAUAUUACGAGUAGACAGUCUGUAUCGAGAUGGAUCGUUGCACUUGAUCAUGUGAAAGUGGAAAUGCCUCAGAAUCAUUCAGCGCUUGAUGAUCUAAUUUCAAGCAGUUCAAAUUGUUCGGAGAAAUUUCUCGUGUUUAUCAAUAAUGAACGACAAUGUCCACUACAGUAUUGGAAUAAUAUUGCAAGAACUGCGUACAUGUAUACGGGAGUACGACCUGUGUACUUACCAGCUCCACUACCGGCCGCAAUGAGUGUCGUACUGUAUAGACGUUUACCACUUCUCGAUGAAGUAACGUGCAGACAAAUGUUUCUUUUACACCAAUCCAGCUACAGUAUACUAUUCCAGGAUUAUACUCCUCAUGCGGUAUGGGAAUUGAUCGAAAUCCUCCUACCAAACGCCACUGAAGAAUGUCCUCCGUUGCAUGAUACUAUGUGGAAUUCAGUCGAAACUCCACUCACUGAACUUCAACUAAUCUAUCUUUCUGGAGAACAUGAUCUUGUAAAACUUGAACACAAACAAUCGUAUGUUCUUGUCGGUUUAACCGGCGGUAUUGCUGUUAUUGCCCUUGCUAUGAGCAUUUUUUGGGGUUUAAAUGGGUCCGCAUUUGCUAAUUAA